AAUAAAUAAAUAAAACAGAGACGAAAAGGAAGGAACAAAAAAGAACUUUUUUUUCAGAAGACGGUCCCCGAUGGAGACCGGACCAAUAGGCGGUGACGAUCUAUCGUCGUUUCCCGCGGCAGCCGUAUCGCGGUGGACUUUCGAGGUGUCGCGGCGGUACCAGCAUCUCCUGGACAAGACGGUUCCUCACGUUCUCUACCGUUGGAUCGGAUGUCUGAUGGUGGUUUUGAUCUACGCCGUACGCGUAUACUUCGUGCAGGGAUUCUACAUCAUCACCUACGGCCUCGGCAUCUACUUGCUGAAUCUGUUGAUGGGAUUCCUUUCUCCUCAGGUGGACCCCGAGAUGCAGGAUGGCCCCUCGCUCCCCACCCGCGGAUCCGAUGAGUUUCGCCCUUUCGUUCGCCGACUACCCGAAUUCAAAUUCUGGUACUCGAUUACAAAGGCCUUCUGCAUUGCUUUUGUGAUGACAUUCUUCAGUGUGUUUGAUGUGCCUGUCUUUUGGCCAAUACUCCUUUUCUAUUGGUUAAUGUUAUUCAUCCUAACCAUGAGGAGACAGAUACUACACAUGAUCAAAUACAAAUAUGUUCCUUUCUCAUUCGGGAAACAGCGAUACGAUGGCAAGAAGGUGUCUUCAACAGAAAGCACAAACCUUCCCAGGGAUUAAAUUCCUCAGGUGUAGUGGUGAAGUUUAGCAUUAGAUAAACCAAAGUUAUCGACAAAGAAAACUUUGUGUGGAAGGGACUUGCAACAUUUACCGACGCCUGUAACUUCAUCUGAUGACAUGUAUUUUUAAUAUUGAUAAUUACCCAGUCAAGCAGUGCAGUUGGUUUAUAUGAAAUUCAAGUUUUGAUUUGUACUUUCACGUUUAUUUAGAUUAAAGGAUUUGUGAGAUCGGUGAUGGUUGUGGUGUA